AUGUCUGACAGUGAUCAUCUUUUCGACGGGUUCGUUGGCUACGUCGCAGAAGUUUCCAUCAACUCGGAAUCGCCGAUUACAAAGUAUUCGUUGUCGAGAAGUUUCAAAGAUCUCUGCAAGUUGAAUAUCAACGACAGAUUCUUUUGUAAUAAAUUCGACCAAAAAGUUGUCGAGCGAAUCCUCAAAUCAAAGUACGACAUCGAACUGAAAGCGAGAAUAUUCUUCGUCACAAGCACCCCAGUCACCUGGCCGGACUUUCUAGAGGAACUUGGAAAAACACUUACGAACUGGACAGUCAUUAUCGACUGA